AUGCGCGAUGGAGCUCAAGUGGAGGUGCACGACGACGUGCACGCGGCGGGGGAUGUGGAGGAGUGGGUGAACCCCAUGUACGCCACUGCCCAGGAGGAGGAGGAGGAGGAGGAGGAGGAGGAGGAGGAGGAGGAAGAGGAGGAGGAGGAGGAGGAGGAGGAGGAGGAGGAGGAGGAGGAGGAGGAGGAGGAGGAGGAGGAAGAGGAGGAGGAGGAGGAGGAGCGGGACAAGGAGGCACCGGAGGAGGACGACGAUAUGGAGGAGGUGGACGGCGAGGAGGAGGAGGACUUCGCGCCCUCCCUCCCGUCUCCUUUGUGCUCUCCCUCCCGUUGCCUGUCCGCCCUCCUUUCCGUCUCCUUCGCGCUCUCCCUCCCGUUGCCUGUCCGCCCUCCCUCCCUUCGCCUUCGCGCUCUCUCUCCCGUCGCCUGUCCGCUCCCCCUCCCCUCGCCUUCGCGCUCUCCCUCCCGUCGGCGCCCUCCCUCCCGUCUCCUUUGCGCUCUCCCUCCCGUUGCCUGUCCGCCCUCCCUCCCGUCUCCUUCGCGCUCUCCCUCCCGUUGCCUGUCCGCCCUCCUUUCCGUCUCCUUCGCGCUCUCCCUCCCGUUGCCUGUCCGCCCUCCCUCCCUUCGCCUUCGCGCUCUCUCUCCCGUCGCCUGUCCGCUCCCCCUCCCCUCGCCUUCGCGCUCUCCCUCCCGUCGGCGCCCUCCCUCCCGUCUCCUUCGCGCUCUCCCUCCCGUUGCCUGUCCGCCCUCCCUACCUUCGCCUUCGCGCUCUCUCUCCCGUCGCCUGUCCGCUCUCCCUCCCAUCGCCUUAUUGCUCUCCCUCCCGUCGCCUUUCUCCUUCCCCACUUAUCUCCUAUCGCUCACGUCCUCCCCUCCCAUCGGCAUCGCGCUCACGUUCCGCCCUCCCGUCACCAUCGCGCUCACGUGCACCUGUCUUCGCAUCGCCUUCGCGCUCAUGGCCUCCCCUCCGAUCACGUCUCGCGACAUAAGUUAA